GUCUCUGCGCUGCGUGUCGCUUGUGUCGCCCGUGCCGCCCGCCCGUGCGUGCGCUGUCAGGCAGGUCUUCCCCCAAACCCCUUCCUGCACGCCGCGGCGCAGCUCGGCACGGCACCGCACGGCCGGGGGACGCGCCCUGACCAUGUAGAGUGGCGCACGGCGGUGCUCAUCCCUGGUCAUCCCCCCUGAAGAUGCUCGCUGAGAGACAGUGUUGACACGUGAGGGGCUUUCCUCCUCUUCGCUGGGAGUGACUCCUCCAUCCAUCCAUCCUCCUAUCUUCCCAUCCUCCCAUCCUCCUAUCCUCCUCCACCCGAGAGUCGUGCGCUUCGCUUUUCCUGCCGAACGGACAACCGCCGUCCGCGCGACACAGCACAGAAUCCACUAUGAAGGACGCCAUGGCCAACAAUAAUACCGCCAGCAUCUCCCAAGCUAGAAAGGCUGUGGAGCAGCUGAAGAUGGAGGCCUGCAUGGACAGAAUAAAGGUGUCGAAGGCCGCAGCGGACCUAAUGGCAUACUGUGACGCUCACAUACGAGAGGACCCCCUCAUCGUCCCUGUUCCAGCCUCCGAGAACCCGUUCCGGGAGAAGAAAUUCUUCUGCACCAUCCUGUGAGGUCCGUGCCUGACCCCCCCCUCCCCCACCUUUGAGGGGCAGGUCCUUCACUGGCUCCCCACUUCUUAGCGUCAAAAAACGCCGGUACCAGUUGAGAGCCAGCAGCCAUGCUUAGUGCAGCCCGGUUCUGGCUCACUGGGGGGUUAUGUGAGUCCUCUCUCUGGAGUCCAAUAACUGUCUCUCAUUCUUUUUCAUUCCCUGUGCUUUGUUGUUAGACGACAGCAACGUGUGGCACCUACGCGGGGGCGUUUUUAAUUUAAUUUUGUCAAAAAAGCUGCUGGAUCACACAGGCCUCAGGAAAAAAACAAUUUAGCAGGCAACACAUCCUCAUUUGUUUAUCUCUGUAAAUCUCCCACAUCCAUCGGCUGGUAUUACCUUUGGCCUAGGGAUUCUAAAACGAAAUUGAUUUGAACCUUGGAAGAUCUUGCUAGUACUUGUGAAAAGUAUACAUGAAAGGAAUAUGAGCAUUAGUUGCUAGUUGAGAAGGCUGACAUAAAAGUGUACAUUAAUAUUGCUGCACUGCUUUUUUGAAUUACAUUUAAUUUACUCUGGUAAUCUCUUUAUCUCCUCCCCACAAUAUUGCAAUAAUAAAUUAAAGGUUGGAUUAUAAUUUUUCUAAUUUUUGAAACAUAUUAAAGUGAUUAUCUAAUGCCACUACAAGUUAUUGCUGUUUGUGAAAUAUCUGCUUUUCAUUGCUUUUUUUAGUAGGCACAGCCGUUGACAGUGUCAAACCUGUUUUGUCAGCCACAUGUUUUUUUUUCUUUGUUUUUGAUAACUUGUAAAAAAUUCCUGUGUUAAUGACAAUGUAUUCAGUAUAAUAUUUACAGAAUGUAUCAAAAAUAUCAAUCAAGCAUACCAAAUUAUUUCAGCAGCAGCGUUGAAAAUGAUUUAACUUCAUUAGUAUUUAUUCAUUCUGUGAUGAAUUAUAACAAUUCACAUCAUGAAUUAUGAAAGUACAUGCUAGUCAUUUUGUUACUUCUAACACAGUUAGGUUGUUUGACUCACUUUCUGCCACAUACAGCAUCAUUGUGAUUUCCUUAUAAUGUUGAUAAAGCCUUUUUCAUUUGCUUUCCAAGAUCCCUAGAUAAAGCAUUUCACAUGGAUAAAAACUAUUAUCCUGUUUUGUACUGUGUUU